UGGCCAGCAGGUGGCACGUGGGCCUACCGCGACGCUGCGAAUUAUUUAGUACUCCCCGGGCGUCGCGACGCCGCCUAUCUGACUCUCGUGUGAUCCCCUGACCGCAGCGGACCGCACCAUGACAGCCCUCCGCAUCUUCGUCGUCCUCCUGGCGGUCAGCGCCGCCUGCGCCAGCCACGGCAGGGGCAAGAUCUCCGGCAGCGUGAGGGCCACGAGCGUCCAGCGCGCAGUAAACGUCGCCACCAAGCACAUUGACAGUCAGAUUGCCGAGAUCUCGAACUAUGGCGUCAUCACGGACGUGAUCGACGAGGGGCUCGAGAAGCUGAACGAGCUCGUGAAGAAGAUCCAAGAGCGCGUGGAGCACGCCGAAGAAGACCUCAUCAAGGCCGUCAAGAAAGCGGCCAAGGCUGUCGCCGAGAAUCUCGACAAGUUGAUCGAGAAGGCCACCGGCAUCGACUUCAACCUCGAAGACAAACUGGAGGACUUCGAGGAGAAGACUGAGAACUGCGCCGAGGAGCUCAAGAACAAGGUGCUCAGUACCCUCUUGACCAUCAAGAAGGACGCCGAAACCUGCGCCGCCCCGCAGAUCGAAGAGGCCCAGAAACUCGCUAAGGAAAUCCGAGAGCUCAUCGAGCUCAUCGAGUCCGUCCCCGUCAACACCGUCAACAGCGUCAAGCAGUGCGUACGUGGCGAAGAGCCCACCACUACCGCUGCACCCGAGCCCAGCACCACCGCUGCACCCGAGCCCAGCACCACCGCUGCACCCGAA